UUGGGAGGCCGGUGAGCAGGGCGCUAAGCCGUGAGAGGAUAAAAGCAUGGGAGGUGGAGGGGAUGCUGGAUGGCUUAUCACCAAAACAAGACUCCUGUCAAGCUGCAGACCUGUUCAAGACCAACAAACAACCAAAACAGUCGUGAUUAGAUCCAGUGCUCCUCCGCUCUCGGCUCGUGCAGCUCCACCCACCUGCAGAUAAAAGCCAAACCCUCAGCAGAGCUGCUGUUCAGCGUCUGUCCCUCAAAGCUUUGUGAUACUUCAGCAGCAGCAGCAUAAAGGGCCCAGCAGGGCUGCAGCUAACACCUGGCUGGAUCCCUCGCAUGGCCGCCGUCCCACUCAUGCCUUGGAGGAGCGACAGAAAAAGCGACCUGAAGUGAGGGGAAGCAGAGGAGCGGACGAAGGAGGCGCAGGCCAGCGGGAGCGACGACCUUCAGUUUGAGAGGAGGAAAAAUCUGAAAAAAAUGGCGUCCGUCCCCCUGCACUCUUUCUGUCGACUCAUCGCAGUCUUCCAGCUGUGUUUAUUACACCCAGCCCACGGCGGGGCGUAUUAUGGACACAAACAGCCGCCUCAGCAGCACCAGCCCUUGCCACAGUACAACGAUGGCUUUCCUCAGCAGCAGUUUUUGGGGAACGAGAUGCCACACCUGCCUUACGGCAAAGAGGGGCCGUUACUGCCUCAGUACGGAAAAGAGUUUCCUCAGCUGCCUCUGCAAAUGGGCAAAGAGAGGCUACCGACUGAAGGAAAAGGCAAAGGACAAACAUUCCCCAGAGGGGCUAAAGGUCCACCUCCCUCUGGUCCUGGUGGAGAAGGUCUAAGAGAAGGACCACAAGGAAUUCAGGGUCCACCAGGACCAACAGGGCCACCGGGACCACAAGGCCCUGCUGGGCUACCAGGCCAGGGAAUGCCAGGGUUACCAGGAAAGCCAGGGCCUCCUGGGCCUCAAGGCUACCCAGGAAUUGGAAAACCUGGCAUGCCAGGAUUGCCAGGAAAACCUGGAGGACCUGGAUUACCAGGACUAAAAGGUGACCUUGGUCCAAGUGGUGGUGAAGGACCAACUGGACUUCCUGGGCCUGCAGGGCUUCCAGGUCCCCCUGGACUCCCAGGGAUUUCAAAACCAGGAGGUCAGGGGUUUCCAGGCCAGCUGGGUGCACCAGGAGAGCCUGGCCAAAAAGGUCAACCAGGACUUCCUGGUCCUCAAGGCCCCAAGGGAGACAAAGGACUUGGUCAACCUGGUUUGCAAGGUUUGAAAGGACCUAGUGGACCACCAGGUCCACCUGGAAAUGUGGGCAACCCUGGGAUUGGCAAACCUGGCUUGAAUGGUCUCCCUGGACAACCCGGGGUGCCAGGAAAACCCGGUCCUCCUGGAGGGCCAGGAAUGGCAGGGCCAGCUGGUGAAAGAGGGCAACCAGGGCCUCCAGGCAUGCCAGGAAUUGGAAAACCGGGAAAAGAUGGUUCCAGGGGUCAACCAGGGCUUCCUGGAGGGAAAGGGGAAUCAGGCCCUCCUGGUUUACCAGGGGGCCCAGGAUUGCCAGGUUAUGGUAAACCAGGAUUUCCAGGACCUAAGGGUCACAAGGGACAUGCUGGUCUUCCUGGACCUCCAGGUCUAAAAGGUGAUAAAGGUCAUGGAGGUCUUCCAGGAGUUAUUGGUCCAACUGGUCCUAGUGGUAUUCCAGGCCCCCCAGGACCAAUAGGGCCUCCAGGUAGUCUCGGCUUUCCAGGGCAAAAAGGAGAGGAUGGUGUUGUGGGUCAAAAAGGAUAUCCAGGAUCGAAGGGCGAUUUAGGGCCUCCGGGUCUUCCGGGACAGCCAGGUUUGUCAGGUGGGGCUGGACAACCAGGACAAAGAGGUUUUCAAGGUCCCACUGGCCCUAAAGGAGAACCUGGAAGUCGGGGUUUACCUGGUGCCCCAGGUGCUGCAGGGUUAACUGGACCAAGAGGAGAGGUGGGACAGCCUGGGGAGCAAGGCUUUCAGGGGCCACAAGGCAUCCCAGGUAUUAUAGGACCAGGGGGGCCACUUGGACCUCCUGGGCUGCCAGGGCCAAAAGGCGAAACAGGCCUGCCGGGUAAACCUGGAUAUCCUGGUGAAGGAAAGCCAGGAUCCCCCGGUCAUAUUGGUCCUCAAGGUAGCACUGGACCAAGUGGCCCCGCUGGACUUCCAGGGCAACCAGGACCACCCGGACCCCCCGGCCCUCCAGGAUUACCUGCUGCGUCUCCUGACCUUGGACAGAUCCUCCCGGUGACCGGCCCCUACCCCGGCCAACAAGGCUACAAGAAGCCGAAGAACGGUGGCGACAUCAGUGGCAGUGCGGUGGAGAUGCCCGCAUUCACGGCGAAGCUCACGAAUCCGUUCCCUCCUGUCGGCUCUCCAGUCAUCUUCGACAAACUCCUGCACAACGGCAACCAGGACUACAACCCCCAGACUGGAAUUUUCACCUGCUCCGUACCAGGGGUGUACUACUUUGCAUACCACGUCCACUGCAAAGGGGGCAACGUGUGGGUGGCACUGAUGAAGAACAAUGAGCCAGUCAUGUACACGUACGACGAAUACAAAAAGGGCUUGCUGGAUCAGGCAUCGGGGAGCGCCGUGCUCCCGUUACGUCAAGGAGACAGCGUGCACAUACAGCUGCCAUCUGACCAGGCUGCGGGACUUUAUGCCGGUCAAUACGUCCAUUCCACAUUUUCUGGAUACUUAUUGUACCCAAUGUAAGAAAUAUGUACAAACAAAGGCAACAGUCUUGACACAUUGGGCCUCAUGCAGCAACGUUCUCUUUAAUUUCUCUUUUUUUUUUUUCUUGAUUAAAGAGAACAUAUGAAGAGAAGUCAGCUCCAGAUGCACCAAACAUUUUUAACCAUCCCAAUUUGCUCUUAACCAGGUGUGCUCGAUGAUAAAUCCCACUUGAUCAGAAGUCACUUGGUCACUGGUAACAGUGAGCCCCUUAACACUGCACACAGCGUGCAAAGAUUCUGGAGAGACGGCACCAAAAGAGGUUGUAAGAGGAAGUUCAGUAGUCGUGAAGUUGACCUACUGCUAAAUAAGUUAUUGUAAUUUCAGAGAAAUGUACUGAAGUAUUUAAAGUAUGCGUGCAAAAAGGUAUACAUUUGAUCGAUCUGAUUUGAUCCAAAAAAUUAAAAAUAAAAGCAGCAAGUCCUCCUACAUAUAGUAUAUAUCAGAAGCUGGAACCAUGAAAUGUUUUUUUAAUACUUUAUUUAUAGAGAUUAUUCAGUUUAUCAGAUGAGACAUUUACAUGAGAUACAAUCUCAAAGUUCAAAGAUGAAAGGAAAUGUAAAGGACACGAAAUGCAUUUUUUUAACGUGAAAAAUUACGUACAGUUAUAAAAGUAGAUGCAAAUUAAUUUUCUAAAAAUUAACUAAUUGUUUUAGCUGCACAAAAAUUUGUAAGGUAGUUUUCUAGUAAUAGUGGAGUAAAAAGUAAAAUAUUUCCCUCUGAAGUUUAGUGGAGUAGAAGAGGAAAGUGGCAUGAGAUGUAAAUACUCAAGGAAAGUAGAACUUCCUCAGAUUUGAACUUCAGUACAGAACUUGUGUAAUAUACUUAUUAACAUUCCAGCUCAUUCUGUUAGUCAUAAAAUUUAAUAACCCAGUCAUUGUAAAUACUCUAAAACGUUAUCUAAAAUUGAUUAAAUUAAAUUGAUGCAUUUUUAAAGCUUUUUUUUUCUUGCACUGGGCAAUAGUUUGCGGACUGUGAAAAUGAGACGUUUUCCUCUUAUUUUGGUCAGAGUGAUUUCAACCAGUCGUAAAAUUUUCUCUUACCUAAGAGAAGAGCAAAAAGAACAUCCCAAAAAACAGAGGGUACGAACAAAAAACUAAAAUAAAGUCCAGGAUAUGAGCAAAAAUAAGAAUAAGGCCGCUCAUAAAUUGUUUCUUGCAUGAGGCCCAGUGAUGGUAUUUUUUGCCAUAUUUAUGGUAAAACUACUGCAGUCUCUAAGGUAUAACGGAGGUCAAAUGAAAUGUCUACCGAAUAUUUCAGUCGUCAUAACUCUCGUAUGUUUACAUUGCGCAUUUACUCUUAUAUCCAUCCACAUACAAUAUAUCGGUGUUUGUGUCAUGGCUGGAUUAAUUCCUGGAACAAUGAGGCUUUACGUUGCAGAAUUGUAUUCACUCAUGUUUUGCUUUACAGUUAUUUACUGUAUACUGGGCACAUAACAACAUAUUGGUUUCAUUGUCAUUUAAUCAUAGAUAUCAGUACAUAAUGUUGGGUUAUGUGGCGUCGUCAUACAGCUAAGUUAUUGUUAGUCUUUUUAUGUUAUUUUGAAAAUGCAGCUUUUUAAUGAAACAAAAUCUUAACACUAAUUUUACACAUUUAUCUGACAUUAAAAGUUAGUAUUUCAAAUUCAUUCCAUAUCACCGUCCACAACAGAACAGUUUUGACCACAAUUUGGCAGGAGAAGUAUUAUUCCAUUAUUUGCUUUCAACCAUUUGAUGUCAUGAUUUUGUCUUGGUUGUAAGAGACAUUAAUUCUUUAAAAAGGGUUUUGUCAGUUUGUCAGUAUUCUCUGUAAUUUAUUUGUUUGACUACUGAUUAUUUGGGAUUGUGUUAAUUUCUUUGUGUUGACGGCAAAUGACGGAAUUCAUUCCAAAAUGCAGGAGGUACAUGUUUCGUGGCAAAACAUAACACAAAUAUUAAAAAAAAAACGUUUUUACACUCAUACCCAUUCAUGCCAACAUGCUUCGGUUUUGUUUUUGUAGUUUAUUUCUUCAAACUGUAGAUGUGACAUUUUGGAAUGAAAUUCAUUAAACUUUUCUUUGUUCCUUGUUCCUUUAUUUUGGACAACAGUGCACAGCAUUAAAUGGAAAACGGUGCCUAAAGUAUGUGAAUUUUGUUGCUUUGAUUGAUAUUGGUUUAAUAAAGAAAUAAAAACA